AUGGCCAUUGUUGGAGCUGGUAUUAGUCGUCUUUUUGCCUGUAAAUACGCUCUCUCAAAUGGUUUCAAUCGAAUUGUCUUUGAAGCAAGAAGCAGCAUAGGAGGAGUAUGGAGUAUGGACAAAUACCAUAGAGACUACAAAGCUCCAAACCCCAAACCAGCAUUUCAGUUCUCAGAUUUUGCUUGGCCAGACUCAUUCAACAGUAAAGUUUCUGGCAUCAACUACGAAGGAUCGUCGGAUGAAGAGAUUCAGUCAUGGAGCCAGUGGAGUGGCAAUGAUUUGCCUCCUUGUGUAACCACUCUAAAGGUAUACCAAGUGGACUUUGUGAUUCUUUGCUUGGGAUGGUUCACUGAUGUUCUCAACAUCCCUGAAUUUCCUCCUCCUAACAAGGGCCCGGAGCAGUUCAUGAUAGCAGAUGCCCUUCCUCACCUUCAAUGGGCAUCAAUUUUCAAAGCCGAUGCAAACUUGAUCACUUCUAGUCAAAGCCGAUGCAAACUUGAUUACUUCUAG